AUGGACUGGCCAGGGGAGGACGUGUUCGACCCCCGGCAACUGGCAUGCCGUUCAUGGGCUGUGGAUGUUCCCGGUCCUGAAUCGGACCCUGCCUCGGUUCCUGACUCGGUUACUGCCUCGGAUACUGCCUCGGGUCCAGACUCUGGUCCUGACUCUCGGCCUACAGGUAUGCUAUCAACGUUGGUGGAACCAUCCAGGCUCACCACUUCUCAAACAAACCCUCACGCAUACCCCUGUCCUGAUUCAGAGUAG